UUACUCACCCUCAGUGUGAGUUUAGCAGCUGUCAGUUCGUGCUGCUGUUUUUUUGACACUUUCAGUCAGGAUUUAGAUUUUAAGGAGUUUUUAACAUCGGAUUCUUUUGUGAAAAUGCCCAAAGGAGGUCGGAAAAGUGGCCACAAGGGUCGCAUGCGGACGUACACCAGCCCUGAGGAGAUAGACGCCCAGAUGAAGGCAGAGAAGGAGAGGAAAAAGCAAGAGCAGGAAGCAGAAGAGGUGGGGGGUGCAGCUCAGAAUGACGCAGCAGAGGAGAAGCUACCAGCGUCAGGAUCAGAGGACAGCGAUGAUGAAAGCUCAGAUAGGAGGAGAGCGGGCGUGGAGGGCCUGAUAGAAAUCGAGAACCCCAACAGGGCGGCUCAGAAGUCCAAGAAGGUGACGCAGAUCGAGCUGGACGAGCCCAAGCAGUUAUCAAGGAGAGAGAGAGAGGAGAUUGAGAAGCAGAAAGCGAAGGAGCGCUACAUGAAGUUGCACUUGGCAGGAAAGACGGACCAGGCCAAAGCCGACCUCGCUCGCCUCGCCAUCAUCAAGAAACAGAGAGAAGAGGCGGCAAGAAAGAAAGAAGAGGAGAAAAAAAAGCAAAAAGAGGCGGCGGCAGCGGCGGCGAGAGGAAUAAACUCGCUCUCACUGAAAUGAUGCAGAGUAUUUAUCAGAGGCGUUUUUACAUGUUCACGGACUGAUGCAAUAUAUAUAUUUGACUAUUUUUAAAGGAAGAGUUAUGGUGUUGAUAUUACUGUAACAUAUGACCAUUUGGAAAAUGGUUGCGGAGACACCAGUGGCGUUGAGGUGUGUAUAUUUUGGCGUGGAAUAAUGGCCUCGUUGAUCCCUCCAGGAAGUAAAGCUACAAUUGAGAACACAUCGGCCCUCACUUGGAAUGAACCCCUGCUAACCUAUGAUCUUGUACAUGAUAUUAAUAACGGUAUACUUAUCAUUGUACAAUUUGCUAACUGAGCUUUGCCACUAUGUUUUCUCGGGGGGAUCUUACAUUGUAUAUAACUGACUCAUGAAAACAUUCAGAUUAAUAUGAUGAAACCAGUAAAAUGUGUACAUUUC